AACUCCAAAAAGAGAGGUUUCGAAACUUCCAUUAAAUAAAAACAUCAAUUCAAUCUAUUUCUCUCUCCGCAAAUUUCACUCAUUAAAACUCAACUGUUUACAAAAUUGAUUCAUAAUUUCUGGGUUUUCUUCCGAAAACGUCGAAUUUUUUAGGGUUAGGGUUGUUUUCUUUAGAAGUUGUUAAUCAAUGGCUGCCGUUGAGCAAAUUACGGAGGGAGUUAACAACUUGAGCGUCAUUGAUUCUGGGAAAAAGAACCGAAUUCAAGUUUCGAACACCAAGAAACCUCUUUUCUUUUACGUUAAUUUAGCGAAGAGGUAUAUGCAGCAACAUGAUGACGUUGAGCUUUCUGCUUUAGGAAUGGCCAUUGCCACAGUUGUCAGUGUUGCAGAAAUUCUCAAAAAUGGUGGGCUUGCUGUUGAGAAGAAGAUCAUGACUUCUACUGUUGAUAUAAAGGAUGAUUCAAGAGGGCGACCAGUCCAGAAGGCAAAGAUAGAGAUACUGCUCGAGAAGUCAGAGGACUUCGACAAACUAAUGGCAGCUGCCGCAGAGGAAGAAGCUGUUGCUGCAGCUGAAGAGCAGAGUUAAUAAAGCUGAGUUUUUUUUUUCUUAUGUCAUAGGGCUUUGUUUUGGGUAAUUUGAGUUGUUCUCAAGUAGUCAUGUUCUUUCGUUACAAAUGUCAAGGAAUUUGAUUCCAAGUGAGCAUGUAGUUAAGUAAUUUUUCCCCCUGUAGUGUAGGUUCUCACAAAAAGUUGUGAUUUGGAAAUUGGUUUAUGUCAGAACUUCUCUACAUUCAGUUUCUUGGAUGUAUUCUUUUCAGAUUCCUGGAUUCAUUGUGAUUCGGGUUAAUGAGAUUGUGGGAUAUAUAAUUCGUGUUUCUGUUUUCCAA